ACAGAUGCAUUGUUUGUUUCCUCCUCGUACUACCAUCCUUAAACCAUGUCGUCUCUGUCUCUCCUCACACCUAGAUCUCAUCAUCUUUCCAUUUCCCUUCUUCUCCUUGUUAUCAUUCUUCCUCUCACAGCAACAACAGCUCAAGAAUCUUCCCUUCUUGAGAUUCUCCGCAACCAUGGCCUCCCAGCAGGACUCUUCCCUCAAAGUGUCAAAUCAUUCAAAUUAGACCAAAUGGGUCGUUUAGAAGUACACUUAGAUCGUCCUUGUUUGGCUCAGUACGAAACCACAGUGUUCUUCGACACUGUUGUUAAAGCCAACCUUAGUUUCGGACAGCUUAAGGUUUUGCAAGGCAUGUCUCGUGAAGAGCUUUUCCUAUGGCUACCUGUUAAAGAUAUCAUUGUCACUGAUCAAUCUUCUGGCCUCAUUCUCAUUGAUAUUGGUUUUGCCUAUAAACGACUCUCUUUCUCUCGUUUUGAUGAACCCCCAGUUUGUAGAUCUCAUCAAGGUCUUUCUUUUCGUAUGGGUGGAAGGAAGGGUUUUGGAUUUGGAGAUCAAAGAUGAUGAGAUUAUUCAAUUUGUAUGAAAGGGGAUGGCUUUACCCUAUUCAAUUUUGGGGUUUAUCUGUAUGAAAAACUAUACUAGUAUGUAUGUACAAAAUGUGCAACUUCUGUAUAAUCAUAAUGUCAUCCAAUAAUUGCUUAAAA